CUCGAAGCCUCAACAGCACGCACACCACUACAAUGCGACCCGCCAUGCGUCUGCCUCUCCGAGAGGCACUUUAUGUCUGCUCCAACUGCAGACAGGAAGUUGCACCACGAGGCCUCUCCCCCCUCGCCCGCCAAUUCCGCCGCUACGCAUCCUCCGAUUCCCCGUCCUUCCUCGAGCGCACCCGCAGCAAGCUCUGGAACACAGAGAAGCCGCCUGGCCCGGCAGACCCAUAUACUGGCGAGUCACAACUCGCGCGUGAUGCUGAGCCUGAGCAGGGACUGGCCAAGGGGGAGACCAACAAAUCAGAGGUUCUCGCAACGGCGGAUUACGUGCAAGCGGAGUCCUGGGAUGGACUCCAGGCCAUCGGUUAUCUUCAGAAGGACAAAUGGAUUCAGGAAGGUACACGCAAGGCUGAUAAAUACGCUCCUUACGGCGCCGAUGUGAGGUCUCGAUCCGUCCUUUACGCUCUUCACCAAACCACCGUGGAACUAUGCUUAAUGAGCAUGCUGGGCAAGCCUCUGCUGAGCAUUUGCGAUGUUCCCCGCCACAACCCCCAGAUCCUGCAGAUGCUUGAUUCCUGCUACGUGGAUGGAUCGAACCCCCAGCAGUGGAACAGUGCUCUUCGAUUCUCGAGCCAACAGAACAUGGAAGCCCUCCUCUUUGUUUUCAACCAGAUCGGCGGAGAGUCCACAGUCAAGGUCGAGCCGUCGGAAACCCUGGUCACCGACAAGUCUAGCAAGGAGGAUACACACCGUGAUCUGUCGCUCGCCGACACCGAGGUCAAGUUUGCCUUCAUCAAGCGACUCUCCCAGCUUCUCGGUCGCCGUAUCUCCGACAAGGCUAUCACCGCAUCCUGGACCGUCGGUGACAUUCUCUCCGGAAUGGCAACUCAAUUGAAGGAGAAGCCUAUCCAGGUUACCAAGGUUUUGGGCAAGAAGGCAGCCAAGGGGCAACUCCCGGCCAACAUCAAAUUCAGCCCCAAGCGUCUGACCAAGAGCCAGGUCGAUGAGGACCACGGCCGGAAGAAGGCCAUUGUCUCCGAGUUUUACCGCAGAGGAUUGAACGUUCGCGGUGCGAGCAAUAGCGGCUUCCGAUUUGAGAAAUGACGAUGCUAAGAGAGAGAUAACUGCGUCAUUUGGCGGAUGAUUAAUAUUUUCAGCCGUGGGCGUUAUUUUUGUGUAAAGAUGUGGAGGAAUGGAGCUUUCGUGGCCCUUGAUUUGGGACACUUUGUUUUUAUAGCAAGACAUUCUUCGUGUAUACUAGAAACACUUAUUCAAUUGCAUUUGGGAUUAUAGUUCAAACAGCUGAUUGGAUUCUUCAAAU